AAAAACUGUGCUGAGCUGUACAAAUCCGGUCCAAGGAUCAGCGGUGUUUACACAAUCGACCCAGCUGGUUCAGGCGCCUUUAAUGUAUAUUGUGACCAAAUGACAGCAGCUGGUGGGGGAUGGACAGUGAUCCAGAAGAGAAUGGAUGGCUCUGUUGAUUUUAACCGCACCUGGGAUGACUACAAAUAUAGCUUCGGUAACUUUAGCGGUGAAUUUUGGCUCGGAUUGGACAAAAUAAACCGCCUGACUCGAAACAAGACAAACAACAAGCUUCGAGUAGAUCUGGGAGUAAAAACUGGCAAAACUGCUCACGCUGAGUAUGACUGGUUUGCGAUUGGCAACGAAAUGGUUAAAUACCAGCUGUACAUUGGCAAUAAGACUAGUUCGUAAAACAUUUUUUAAUUUUCAUUGUUUAGAUUUAUCUAUUAUUUUCCUCAUCCGUUAAGAAUCCCCUCUCCCUCCCUCCCUUCCCUUCCAUAUUAACAUAGGAAUAAUGGUUUGUUCCUCUAACCGUCUGACUAUUCUACUCACGCGGGGUUGAGUCCUAGCUUCUCUGUUGAAAACGUUAGUUUGCUUUGGAGUCUGCAGUUCAAUGACGAUGCAGUUACUGAACUCAGCUCUAGAAAGAUACCAUAGUUUGUUUAACCAUCCGACUUGCUCACUUUUAAUCAAAUCAGGAUAAUUUACCCACCUCGUCGAAUAAUAGUUAAUCAGUUAUCGUCAUAUGCAAUUGAAAGUUCGUGACUUUAAUGCUAAGAGAAAACUAUUUCGUCGAAGCAGCAAGUAGCCACAGUUUAAAUUGAGUUUUGUUCUGAUUGUUUUUAGUUUGCUUUGUUUUUUUUUGUUUUGCUUUGUCUGUUUGUACGUUUGUUUGUUUUGUCACAAACAUCAAACUUGACGCUUCGAAGGCGUCAGCAUGAUCCCAAUGCUGAUUCUUUUCGUUUUUUUGUUUUUUUUUUUUUUUUUUUUUGAAGAUGAGACUGCGACCUUUGAUUCCUUCGGUCCUCACAGGAAUCAAGUUUUUGGUACCUGGGAUAGAUAUCCUCAUGAUUGUGAGGAAAAGAGAGGCGGAGGCUGGUGGUAUAGUGAUAGUAACUGUGCUGUCUGGUCAAAUCUCAACGGGCUUUACUUUGAUAAUAAAACCUCGCGCGCAAUCUACUGGAGUAAGUUGAGUACCGUACCAGAGGAAAGCAUUCCCAGAUCAGCAGAAAUGAAAAUAAGACCAGUCGACUUCUUUUCUUCUUUUUCUCAGUAUACUGACUGA